UGAUGGCCCGGCUCCUCUCCUCUCUGGCCCUGUUCUGCCGGAUCCAGGCCUUCCCCUGCCUGCUGCUCUGCUACCUGCUCUUCAUCCUGCUGGGGGGUCUGGUGUUCUGGGCGGUGGAGGGGCCGGUGGAGCAGCAGCUGAGGGUGGAGGUGGACGAGCUGCGGCGCUCCUUCUUGCAGGAGAACCCCUGUGUGCGGGGGGGCCGUCUGGUGGAGCUGCUGGACAAAGCUCUCUCGGCUCACCAGAGGGAUGUAGCCGUCCUGAAGGCAGACGCUGGGGACAGAGGAUAUGAUUUCACUUCUUCACUUUACUUUGUUAUCGUCACCCUGACAACCAUGGGUUCGGACUCCUACACCCCCACCUCUGAUGAAGCCAAGCUCUUCUGUAUCUUCUACUGCACCCUGGGGAUCCCCCUCACCCUGCUCAUCCUCACCCUCCUCUCCCACUUGCUCCUCCCUGUGGUCACCCACGCUCCUGUGCACGUCCUUCAGAGGGUCUGGGGUCUGUCCUCCAGCCGGGCCGCGGGGGUCCACGCCGGGCUGCUCUCUGUGGGGGUCCUCUGCCUGCUCUUCCCCCUCCCCGCCCUGCUGGUCUGCAUGGUGGAGCCCGCCUGGAGCUUCCUGGACGCUCUCUUCUUCUGCUUCCUCAUCCUGAGCACUGUGGGCCAGGGGGGGGACUCUCUGGGGAGGGGCUGGGGCCCGACGGCCAAGGAGACCCUCCAACUCCUCACCACAUGCUACCUGCUGGGGGGCCUGGUGGUGAUCAUUACUCUGAAGGACACGCUCCUGCAGGUUCCCCGGGUCUGUGCGGUGAUUAGGCUCUUCUCUGGGCCCCAGUAUGCAGAGCUGGAAGGACUCCAUCUCAGUGAGCUGACCCUGAGCGAGGAGCUCUGUGAGGAGGAGGAGGAGGAGGAGGAGGCGGCUCAGUACUCCCAGUCCAUCUGCACCGUCUCCUCCACCCCUCUGGAGCUGAUGAGCCCGCCUGCUGUCACACAGAAAGAGCCCUGAGACCACCUGACCUCCACAGCUGGACACCCCCCCCCUCCCCCAACCCCAGCCUGUGACAAAGAGCUGUUUUGUAAGUCAAAAUGGUUUCAUGUUUUGCUGUUCUCUGCCUUUGAAAUGACUCGAUGCUGCAUUACUGUAUUGUUUUUGGCCACAACAAAACAAACUGAAAAUUAAACAUUAACAUAUAAUAACAUGAUAUGCAUGAAAGUGAACAUGCUGAAUGAUUUAUCAAACAUGUACACAUACACACAGCACAUGGUCAUUCAUUUGUACUGGGUUCUGUGUCCAUACAAGUCAAAUCAAACUUUAUUUAUACAGCACUUUUCAUACACAAAGGUAACUCAAAGUGCUUCACAAACCAAACUCAUAGACAAUUUACAAACCAUACUAUCUCCCCCUUCCCAGGUUAUAACCAGAGUAUAGCUUUGUGAUGAAAAAGAACACUGAAUACCAACACAGGACUGAAUAACAUAGGAAUAGAACAAACAAAGAAUAAUAAAAAGAAUAAAAUGCAAUUCAGUUAAGCUAAAUUAAAAAGGUGGGUCUUGAGUUUGUCAAAUAUGUAUUCUCUUCUAGCUCUUGGUUGGGUCUCGUGCAAAUGAUAUGUGUGUUGUGUGUUAUUAGCGUGUGUGUCUGCAGUUGGGUGCUGACCUGGGGCCUCAUGUAUAACGCCGUGCGUAGGA